UCAUUGUCGUAAUGGCUAUGAAAAUUGUAUGAUAACGUUUUGUAUAUUUUGAUCUUUAUCACAAUCAAUUUCGAAGCAUAUAAGAUGGAUUAUAUAUUUUUCAUUUUAAAAUGUGUAUGCAUUUUAUUUUUUCUACCUAGUCAUCAGUGCGCGGACUGUGGAACAUUACGACUCCUAAAUACCGACCACAUCAAUCAAGGUGACGAUGUGAGGCUCGAAUUUUCUAAUAUCAGAAGUCAAGACCCAAGUUUGGUCCAAUGGUGGAAAAAUAGAAAUAUAAUUGUAAAUAUAGAUACCAACUUACAGCGUUUCUCUAUUGCCGCUCAACACGGCCGUGUCACGUUGACAAUACGUAACGUCAGAGCUGAGGAUAACGGUGGAUACACUGCGGAUUUAGGAAGCAUACAGUGUUCACCACCGAGUAAUGUUUUAGUUACGGUGAAAGAGCCAAAGGUCCUUUCCGUUAUUCCCAAAUUCCCUGACAACGUUACCAUCCCAGAGUUGGAUUGUGAACGAUGCCUAGUGGGAACGGUUGGCGUCUACAUAAACGUGGAAUGUAUUGUGUUUGGGAUUACCCAGACGGACCUGAACGUGCAAUUGACGCUAAGGAAACAUGGGCAAGAGGUUCCCAAUGUGUCUAUCGAGCUUUUUCCAUUUUAUCGAGCAUAUUAUGCAUACAUGCCGAGUGAAGAUGAUACAGAUCAUACCGUUACUUGUGAGGCUACUAGCGAUGGCCAACAGUCGAAAACAGUAUCAAUAACUCUGCUCGUUUUGCGGAAACCAUCCAUACCUACAAUAAUUCUGCCGGAAUCAAUCAAAGAAGGCAAAAACGCACUCAUUUCUUGCAAAACCAUAAAUGCCAGACCAGAGCCAAGACUUUAUUUCAUAUACAAUUCAACAUUUAACAAUACAAGCAACACAUUUUCCAAAAUGAAAGACGAUAAAACAGUUGAUGCUGAAACACUGUUAGAAAACACUUUUAGCAGAUUUGACAAUACCAGGAAUUUAACUUGUUGUGUUGAGUUUAGAGAGUAUGACAAAAACACGCCGAAAAUGAAAACACAUUGCUCGACGUCUGGCAUUGAUGUGUUGUUCCCACCAAGGUUUAUACAGCUUGAAGAAUUAGAGAAAACCAACGAUGAAGAAGGUAAUACCAGUCUCCGGUUGCAGUGUACAAGCGACGUAUCUAAUCCUGUUAGUAAAAUAAGAUGGAACAUUACGUCCAAAUUUGAAUAUGAAUCCUCUCAGGGAAAGGAAAAGGUUGAACAAUUAUCCGGAAAUGUCAGGGCUCAGAUUUUGUCUGCCAAUCUCACUCGACAUAACAAUCGAGAACCAAUUUCAUGUUACAUAGAAAAUCCUGUAUUCCCAGAAAUCAAAAUAUUCAACACCUAUAACCUCAACAUUACUUACAAGCCGUUCAUCAGUUUUUCUCCCAGUUCCCCAGUUACUUCCUACGUGGAUGACAGUAUCAGCGUUUUAUGCCAAUGUGACGCAAACCCACCAGCUAAGAUAGAAUGGACAAACACUUCUUCUAAUAAUAUAGGAAAGAAGACUGAAAAUAGCAUUGAAAUGGACAUGCAAUUUCACUCAACUGGCCGCCAUAACUUCACCUGCAAUGCAAGAAACACAAUUGGUUCGGCGGUGAAUGAAAUUUUCAUCUUGGUGAAAGAAUGUGGAACAUUACGGGCCUUAAACACCGACCACAUAAAUCCAGGUGACGAUGUGAGGCUAGAGUUCUCAAAUAUCAGACGUCAUGACACAAGUUUGGUCCGAUGGUGGAAAAAUAGAACUAUACUUUUAGACACCAACCUGCAGCGUUUCUCUGUUGUCGUUCAACAAGGUCGUGUCACGUUGACAAUAAGUAACGUCACAGCUGAGGAUAACGGCGGGUACACUGCGGAUUUGGGAAACAGAUUGUGUUUACCACCGAUUGAAGUUUUAGUGAAGGUGAAAGAGCAAAAGGUACCUUCCAUAAAUCCCCAGUUCACUGACAGCGUUAACAUCCCAGAGAUGGAUUGUGCAAAAUGCCUGGUUGGAACUGUUGGCGUCUACAACAAAGUUGAAUGUAUUGUGUUUGGAUUUAGCGAGAAAAACAUGAACAUGGAGUUGAAGCUGAAGAAAAAUGGUCAAGAUGUACCCAAUGUGACUAUGGAAUGUACCCCUUUUUAUCGAGCAUUUUAUGCAUACAUGCCAAGUGAAGAAGAUAAAGAUCACUCCAUUAUUUGCGAGGCUACUAGAGAUGGCCAACAUUCGGAAACAGCAUCAAUCACUCUUGUCAUUCUGCGAAAACCAUCGCGUCCUACAAUUAUAUUGCCGGGCUCAGUUAAAGAAGGAGAAAAAACACAUAUUACUUGCAAAACCUUCAAUGCUAGACCGGAGCCAAGACUCUACUUCAUGUACAAUGCAACAACUUACAAUACAAGCAACAACUUUUCCCAAAUGAAAGGCGAUAAAACAGUUGAUGCUGAAACAAUAUUAGAAAACACUUUCAGUCGAUAUGACAAUUCCAGGAGUUUAACUUGUUGUGUUGAGUUUAGAGAGUAUCACACAAACACUCAGAUAAUGAAAACUCAUUGCUCGACUUCUGGCAUUGAUGUUUUAUUCCCACCGAAGUUUCUACUGCUUGAAGAAUUAAAGAGAACCAACGAUGCAGAAGGUAAUACCAGACUCGUGUUCCAGUGUACAAGCGACGUAUCUAAUCCAGUUAGUAGAAUAAGAUGGAACAUUUCGUCAAAUGUGAAUAAUUAUGAAACCUCCCAUGAAAAGAAAGAAGAUGAAGAAUUGUCUGGACGUAUAAGGACUAAGAUUUUAUCUGCCAACCUCUCACGACAUAACAAUGGAGAAACACUAUCGUGUUUCUUGGAAAAUCCGGAGUUUCCAGAGAUCAAAGUAAUGGAAAAAUAUAAACUUAACAUUACAUACAAACCAUUCAUCAGUUUUACAUCUGAUAAAUCCGAAGUAAGGUCCUUUGAUGACAGUGUUAACGUGUUAUGCCAAGUUGACGCGAACCCAUUUGCGAAGAUCGAAUGGCUGAACACGUCUUUGAAAGAGAUAGGUAAUAAAACAGAAAGCAGUCUUGAAUUAAAGAUACGAGUUAACUCAAGUGGCCAUUAUAAUUAUACGUGUAUGGCAGAAAACACAAUUGGCUCGGCAGUAAAUGCAAUUGCUGUCUUCUUUGUCAAAGAUCAGCGACUAUCGACACCAAGCGCUCCUCAUUUUAAUGACGUCUCAUCCUCCAUGUUGAUCGGAAUUAUUUGCGGUAGUGUGGCUGUUCUGAUUGUCGUUAUUUUAGUAGUCGCAUACGUGAUAGUAUCAAAAAAGCGACAGAAUACACCGAAGUGCGAGGAGUAUACUGAUUUACAAUUUCAGGAACCAAAUUUAUAUAUGCAGCCUUUAGGUCCUGUGUAUGUCACCAGUGAUGGUUCACAGUCCACUUAUGGCCAACAAACACAAACUUAUGAUAGUGUGGAGUGAGCCGAUCACGGCCAGUUGCAUGAUGCAUGCAGGUCCAUGAAGAAACUCAAGUCCACGUUAAAUGCUUUAUCUUCCUACAGACACUUCUUCUAAACACCAGCCACCAGUGCAAGUAACACUCCAAAAUGACGCUGUUUCUUUCUGUCGACUGACAGCCGACUGAUAGGGACGUAACUGGACUUUAAUUGAUGUGAAGGCCCAGUAUGCUAAGGGGUCACGCAAACUCAUGCUUAACAUAAGCCCUAUUUGCUGUUGCAGUUGGAAGAUUAUAGAUAAAUUUUACAAAAAAACCUGCUUAAAUGCUGUAUUAUCCAAACUUUACUCACGACCGUAUGAACGGGUUUGUAAAAAAUGUAAAACUCCAUAGACAAUAUUUUAUUACAUGUAAUCAUUUUUUACAACGACAAGAUUAUAAAUUAUCUAUGAGAUAAUUUGUAUAAAAUAUUAGGGAUAGAACAUUUCAAUCGGUUUCGUAAACAUGAACCGUGUACUCAGUUAUUGCAAUUAUUGUGAGGAUUCAUUAGAUUCUGCUUUAAUGAAAACAUGCAACUAUUUCAAGAUGUGCCCAGUUACAUUGAUACAUUAUGUAAUUGAAUUAAAGCACAAUUAUUUAAGACAUAUUGAUACAUCUAAGAACCAUUUUAUUUAAAAUGAAUUAUUACUUUAAGUUAGGAGUCAUUUUGUGAUCUAAUAUGGAAUAUACAGGCCAAAGAACUCAAUGGCAUAUGUUUUCCUGCGCCCAGUAUAAUCCAUAUCGGGUCACCUUCUAGCUUCGUAAUGAAUUCAUCACAUCAGAAACCUGUAUACAUUGAUCACUGUAUUGGAAAGGUUUCAUUUUUUUCAUCGGAAUGGGAAAAUACACGUCAUUUUGGUACGGUAUAAUGAUUAGUGACUCAAUAUGAAACAAUAUGGAGUCACCACGUGUCCAGUCCUUAACAAAUGGCGUUGCAUCAAUUAUUUUGUAUGCGUGAUAUACGUGUUUGAGUUAGAAUAUGGCGUCGUUGCAUUAAAAGGUAUACACAAAUGUAUCUAUUGAUGCGACAUUUAUCUCACAUUGAUGUCUCAAAUGCAGGGUGUUCAAUGACGGUUUCACAAGAAUAAAUGAGAUUAUUUAUCAUUCCGUUUAAAUAUUUCUGUUACAUAUGUGAAGGCUGUGUACAGAGUCGAUAUGUUUAUGUUCAAAUUGUUUAGUCAUCUUGUUUGUUUUUCAUGUUUGUACUUCAUAUAUGCUUCUUUAUAUUCAUGGAAGAUAAAAAGAACAAAGUUCAACGUAGAAAUUGUUGUCCAUUUUGAAAGCAUUUUUAAGGGUCUAUAGCUCUUUGAUAAGGUUGUAUGACCCGUUGUGAACUAUGAAACGAUGUCAAGUACAUUGGCCACUGUCAAACAUAUUGAAAAUCGCACAACAAUUUACUAUUGAUGGUCGCAACAACAUAGCUAUGUACAAUAAUUCGCCUUUGUGGUCUUUGUAUUGAUACUUGUAACUUAAGACUGUGUCAUGAUAUGGCCUCGUCCCUGUUUAUUUUGUAUUAUUGGUGCCAUUCAACAAGACUAUCGUUAAAUGCUAGUUUGUGUAACAGUUGAAACAAAUAUGUUUAUUUUGUAUUCCAAUCGUUUUUGUUAUAUGAACGAAUAAACAAUGCAGCCGUUGUUCUUUUUA